ACACACACACGCACACACACACACACACACACACACACAGACACACACACACACACACACACACACACACACACACACACACACACACACACACACUCUCUCUAUCUAUCUCUCUUUUUGUAUCUCUCACUCACUCACUUUUGCUCUCUUUUUUCUUUUGAUGUCCAUCUGUCCUUUUCACAGGAAAUGAAGGUGUUCAAAAUUACUUUGACCCCUGGGCGACAGCAGAAGGUGACUUGAAGCAGCGCAGGAUGUCCAGGGUUGGAGCGGGAGAUGAGCUAGAAUUAAAAUUCGUGCAUGAGGACGAGCGGGGUCUCUAUGAGAAAAUAUCUCAGAUGCUGAAUGAAGAUGAAGCUUCAACUGUUAUAGAUUUGCCUGGCAGUUUUCGGGAAGAAAGACUAGUUGCUAUGGCUUCUAGAGUCCCGCAGGCUGGAUGGAGAGAUCAACUGAGGGAGAAGUUGGAGGAGGAGAGAGAAGAGGUUAUCCCCCACUAUGUGGGACAACUUAGAGAACAUGUGCAGGAUGACAUGAUCCCUGUGGGCAGGGCUUCACUGGAGCAGGAUGGAUGUAUGGCAGAGGAGAAGGAGUGGCUGAGAAAACAGAGAGUGAUUGCUGUCUUAAGGGGGAAUACAAAGGUAUCAUAUCCCAUUAGAGACAUGGAACAAGAGGAAGCUGCUCUGCAGGAUCGGCUUUAUGCAGCUUUCCAGUGUUCAGAGAGACGUUUGCUGAAUUCACUGCGUCAGCGUCAGGCUGAAGUCAUUGCCAAGUAUGGAGAAAUCACUGAAAUCACUGAACCACUGGGUAUCGGAUCUGAUCUUCCCUGGCAGGUGGAGUGGACACGAACCCCACAGCCAAUGGAGGUGUGUGUGGUGUGUUUACGGACAGUGAGGGAGAAGCUCAGUAGGGGGCUGUACAGCGUGCGUGUGUCCCUGCACAGUGGGUUGGGUGGCCCUGCGCUGCGCUGGUCCGGCCUGAAGGAGCAGCAGUGGACAGGAGUCACAGAGCCUGUGGAACAUCACGGCCAAAUCUGCGAUAUAGAGCUACUCAUUAACCAGAACCUCCAUGUGGUGAGAAAACACACAGACUAGAGUCAGUAACACACAAUAAAAGUAAAAACUAG